CUCCCUCUCUUUCUGUGGUUGAAUUCGUACUUAGUUCAACUUAUCAUCUGGGUUUCUUUGGAGUACUCUGUUUUCGAUCUGUUGUCUUCGAAUUCGUGGAAAACAUCUGCUUUUAAAUGUGGGUUUGCAAUUUGGCGUCGUUUGUCGGUCCUGCGAUUGAUCAUUCGCGUUUUUGCAUGUACAGACUUUUACGGGCUUGAGGCAAAUGCUGGGAGAGGCUCUGUGUGAUUAUAAUAAGGUUUCGAACCUUUGUGUGAGAACUGGGAGGGUCAUUUUCGCAAGGUCGGUUCGCAUAAAUGCCUGCAUAUCGGUCCCUGGGGUUUCUUCGGGGAAUCCGGCGAAAGCACCACCCAAAUUCUCGAGGGACAAGAAAAUGGUGCCUGAUUCAGAUCCUCCAAGCCUUAAGGAUACCGAUUCUUUGCAUCGGUUUUUUGAAUCAAAGUCCGCUCUAGAAUUUUUAUUUUUUUUUUUUUUUUGCCCUUUGCCUGCGAUGACAUCAUACUUUUACUUAUGUUCCCAAGGGUCUUGUUCCAUGACUAAAUUCAUGUUUGCUCACCUAUGUUUGUCUAAAUUGGCUUGUGGUACGAAGCUUGUGGUUUUGACUGGAGCUGGAAUGAGCACGGAGUAUGGUAUUCCUGAUUAUAGAAGUCCAAAUGGGGCUUAUAGCGCAGAUUACAGGCCAAUUACCCAUCAGGCCUGUAGGCGAUAUUGGGCAAGGAGCUAUGCUGGAUGGAGAAGUUUUAUUGCAGCACAGCUUAGUGCAGCUCAUUAUGCCCUUGCGUCGCUAGAAAAGGCUGGUCAAAUAGAUUUUAUGAUUACCCAAAAUGUUGACAGACAAGAGCUUUGGUAUGAAGCGGAGGCCUGA